AUGACCUUAGGAGGUCCAUCAAGGCCUAAAAGGCCUCUCCCUUCUCCUGUAGAUCUCACCACCCCGACUCCUCCUAAACAAACAGGUCCAUUGGAUCAAUACUUUCUCUUCAAACCCGGACCUUCACCUUCUAAACCACUAGCUUCAGUGACAUUGGACAAGGGCAAAGGGCGCGUUAUCGACCUGACAAGCGAUACGAGCUCAAAAACUUCAAAAGUAUCCAAGGCUGCAAGUACGCGUAGUGCAAGUGACGAAGAUCUUCCCUCCGUAUAUGAUCAACUCGUCAAAAGCUGGUCUCAACAAGGUAUAGCCCAUAGUCCAAAGACUAAAGUUUCUCAGACUCACCCAUCUUCUCUUCAAGCUCAAUCGUACCCUCAUGGUAGUAAGUUGAAGAGUGAACCUAUAUCUCCAGUAACCAAACGACAUAAGAAUAGACCUGCAAUCUCUCAUAACUUCGUCGCUUCAUCAUCUUCGACAUCAGAACUCAGAAGGAAAGCCAAGAUAUACCCUUCGAAAGGACACGGUACCUUUCUGGAUCCUCUAGAAAUACUUUCUAGUGAAGGAUCAUCUUCAUCUGGAACUCCGAGAGAACCUUUGAAAACUCUUCCAAAUCCUCGGAAACCACCCUCCGUCCCCGUUUCCUCGAUUUCAGUCCCGCCAGCGAGACCAUCGACCAAGGAUUUACACGAAAAUUCAGCUCUAGUCUCCCAGGUUUCUCUUCCUCUCCUCUCUGAUAUCACCUCUGUCCCCAUUACUGCCAGCCCGUUAAAGUCACGUCCAGGUCGGGGUGCUUUUGGAAGUCACGUCAAACGUAACAGCAUGUCGCCCGGAGCACUCAAAGGGAGAAGUAUCAAUCUCAACUUGAGUCAAACGUCUUCUCUCGAUACCAACCCUCAUCCUUCUCUCUUCGCCCCUCGACGUACCACUCAACGAUCAACAUCAUCUCUCCCUACCAAACGGAAGCGGUCGAACAAAGAACAACUGAAAGAUAAAGACGAAGCCUAUCAUCCUCACUCGUCCACAUCUGACCGAUCUCAACCCUCAAAGAGAAUAGAGUUGAGGAAACGGGAUAAUACGAUCAACUACGAGAUUCCUGCUCUAGAUGCUGAGCAAUGGCCAAUCGGUCCUCCCUCUCAUUCCAUUAGUUCGAGGAAACCUGCCCGUAACAUAACAGUGCUACCUGCACAUCCCACUCCUGCACACUCACCUCUCAAAACGAGCAGUCCUCUAACCCCUUUGGAAUCACAAGAUGAUCUAUGGAGUUUGAACUCUUCUCCCGAACGCCCACCCCCUCAGGUGCCUCCGGAACCUCUCCCAAUUACAAAAUCAAUGUUCGUCGAGGAUGAAAAGGAGCGGCAGGAGCCAACUUCUGACGAACCUGAAGAACCCGUUGAAGAGGCCGAUAUUUUGGAUGAGUUUGCAGAAUUCGACUUUGCCGCUUCACAACAUUCCCAACAUUCGCAACCAAAUACACCGUCGUCCAAGUCUAUCAUCAACACUUUUACCACUCCCAGAUCCACUCGUAAACAUUCGGUGCCCCUUUCUUCCCCACGCAAACGCCCUGCCAGGGCUUCUUCUCAUCCUGCUCUUACCCCAAGCAAACUCGUCUCCCAUGCUUCCACUGCUCUGUCACCACCAUUGCGUUCCCCCAUGGUCGUUAUGAAACAGAAAACACCCAUGAAAUCGCAUCAUCGAUUGCCCGUCGUUACUCACGCCGUCGAGGAAUUGAUGGCCAAAGCGGAGGCUGAGGCUGCUGCCAGAGUCGAGCAUGAAGCAAGAAAGAUUGAAGAGCGUCGUCGACGGAUGCAAGCUUCUAACCUUGACGUUGCCGUAGAUACGGAGAAAGACGAACCAUUAGAAGAAAUAAAUUUAUCUCUCACUUUCGCAUCGAAAAAUGAAAAAGAGAUUCCAUCAAUUGCAGAAGACUUCGGUCCUUCUCGUCGGUCAACACGUGCUCAAACAAAAAGUACAACUCCCCAACCCCAACCGAAAGCAAUGUCUAAACCUAAAGUUUUGACCGAUGGUGACAAGUUUUUCCGAGCUUUACCACGAGCAAUACGUCGUAAUGAUCCAGACGCUCCAUCUAGAACUCUGGACAUACUUCGUGGAUGCGCGUCGAGAAGAGAACAUGAAGUACCUUAUCCCACACCGGAUUCCGCUGAAGGCUCGGGAGAUAGUUCGGAUCUGGACGAGCAUGAAGAGGUAGAUCUUGAUGCGAUGGAAAAGACUUUGGCGGAGGAUGCCAAGGUCGACGUGGAUGUUUUAAGGAGAGUGAGAGAUGGUGCGAAGGAGAGCAAUUCGCGCAGGGAAAGUAUGGAUGGUUGGGAUGGUUUCUGGGGACCAAGAAUCGAAACGAUGGAGGUGGAGAGGAAAUUGAUAGUCGCUGAGGAGGUGGUAAUCGAUGGUGAUGCAAUUGAGGAAUUGCUCGUGGAAGCUAUGAAUGCUGAUGAUGUACCCACUGCAACUUCACUCAUCACCUCGAAUGUAGUCGUUCGACUGGCCAAUCCUGGUGGAUCCUCAUCGCGCGAUCCUAAGAAACUCCUGUUGCUUGAAUGCGUGACCGAGUGGCUCAUCACGACUGUAUUUGCCACCGAGGACCCGUACUCUGCACUUGCUGUCGAUGCGCUGUGUCAUGUCUUCAGUUUGAACGUCUACGGUCAUAUUUGUUGCGACGAUGAAUACAAACGCAUCAUCGACGUUUGGCGUGCUCUAGGAGCCAAAGCCGAUUACCUCAUCACGGACGACUUUCGAGACGAACGUAUGGAAAGCGGUCUACCCGCCCGCCUUCCCCUGGUCCGUCUGGCUCGUGAUGCGGCGUGUCAACGCAUAUGCGAGCUGGUUUCAUGUACGAUCAGCCGCAUGCCACCAGUUCCUGAAUAUCAUUGGCUUACGUCUGGUCUCAUAGCUUUGGCGGUGGACCGAAGUACCUCACAAGCGUUACGAAGGUGCAUAGACGAGACUUUGGCAAAAAUAUGGGAUAUAUGGUCAGAGAAUGAUGAAGACGGUUUUGUCGCAUGGGACGCUUUAGUUCAGAUCCUGCAAACUUCAAUUCCCAAAGAAACAUACCCUGUUAUACUGCAAGCCGUAGGUCAGAGGAAUGAAGCUAGCUGCGAAAUUGGACAAAGAAUCGCUAUGGAUUUCUUGCUACCGGAAUGGCCAGAGAUAUUCCCCAAAAGCUGUUUAAAGUCAAUCCCUUGGGCACCUCCUAUCCAGAUACUACUUCAUGCAGCAAAAGAAAUGUAUCAAUCCGUCCUCUCAUCUUCGACCGAUUGGGUGGUAUUUGAGGGCAAAUUAUCUUAUCUAUCUGUUGCGAUGGGGAAUAUGGACGCUUUGGUAGCUCGAUGUCCUAUGGAUAUGGAAUUAGGGUUGCAGGAAGCAUUGGAGAAACAUCCGAUCAUGGAAUUGAGAGGGAUUUUAGUAAGAAUUCAUGGAAGGAUACGAGAAGUGCCUGAAAAACUAUCCACUCGACAGAUAUCUGUUGGAAAAAUCAAAGCUCGUCUAUCUCAAAUGACCCUCACGCUAAAGAUGAGACUUGAAGAUUCUGCUAAACGAUAUCGUAGGACACUCCGACCGCGUCUUGGUCCUUCCUUAGAAGAAGGCUCAACGGGCGGACAAACGAGAUUGAUGUUCGGGGCGGACAAGCAUUCAACCUUAUCCGGGACCUUAGGAGACCAAAUCAGGAAGUAA